AUGAGACACGUAUCUGCUCUCAAAAAAUUGUGCAGAUUCUGCCAAACUAUUAGAAGAGGAAAGAAUGUUUUUGUAUUUUGUAAAGCAAAUGCCAGACAUAAGCAAAAGCAAGGUUGGAUAACCAAAUAA